AUCACUUAUACUUGGCUGGCACACAUUACAGGAUUCUUCAAACCUUCACACAUUUAGAGACAGUAGUCUACUUUUGACACUUCGACAGUGUAUCAAAACAACAUUGGAUCAGUAUGUCUGAGAAUAAUUUCAACACUUCUCGGAGCAGUUCAGAAAUGUCUUAGUAACCACAAAGGCCUGAGCAGACCAGCUGUUCAAACAGAUACGUUUGUUUCCAGGAGGAGUCGGACUCUCAUUGCAAAGUUAAGGAGCUGACCUCGAAGAGCAAAUUGAUGGAGUCAGAAGUUAGGGGAGAAAAUGAGAAGUUGCAGGAGUCAGUUAAGCAACAGAUGGAGAUCAAGAAAGAACAGGUUCAAGUCUCAAACCUUCUCAACGAUGAAGCCAGAGCUCAGGGAAAAGAUGAAACUUUUACAAGAGAGUUCGGGGAAAAAGAAAAUGGUCUGACUGUGAAAAAGGAGGCAGCAGGUCAUGAUUUACUGACACAGGGAACCAACACGAGUAGUGUCUUAAUACCUGAACAGGAUGCUGAAUAUCAGGAUGAGAGAAAACAGCGGACUAAAUUAUCACGGAGACUUCAGGACAAGGAGCAGGAUCUGAACACAGAGGAAGCUGAGGUUGCCUGCUUAAAGACACUCUACAAAGCAAGCCAAGCAGAAAAUGAAAAUUUGUUAGACAGAGUGUCUCAACUUGAAUGGGAGGCAAAGAAGAAGAUGACAGAGCACCAAAAAAGCUUGGCAGUUGUGUAUGAGCUGGAAAAAAGUAAGACGUCUAUGUUAAAAAAGGAAAAGAACUACAUUGCAGAACUUGAACAGCUUAAAAAUCAGAUUGAGGUUAAAGAGGCAAAAGCUAAAAAUCUGUCGUCAGAAAUUAAAGAUCUGGAAGAAAGUGAGAGAUCUUUAUUAAAAAAGGAAAAGAACUACAUUGCAGGAUUUGAAAAGCUUAAAUAUCAGAUUGAGGUUAAAGAGGCAAAAGCUAAAAAUCUGUGGUCAGAAAUGAAUGAUCUGGAAGAAAGUGAGAGAACUUUAUCAAAAAAGGAAAAGAAAUACAUGAUACAACUUGAAAAGCUUGAAUAUCAGAAUGGGGUUAAAAAUCUGUUGUCAGAAAUGAAUGAUCUGCAGGAUACGAAUACAAAAAUGGCAAGGGAAAAUGGAAGACUCACGGAUGAGUUGGCGUGUCAAAAAUGUGAUGAAUGUGAGAGACAACAAACAAGGAUUGAAAAGCUGGAAUCAACUAUUUUUGACCUCAAUAGUCAAAUCGCAGAUGACAAGGAACUCCUCAGGGAUAAACAUGAGAUAUCGGAAAAGCUAAACCAUGUUGAAUCUUUAGUGGAGAAAGAAAGAUCAGAAAGCCAAAGUUUGAGAUUGGCUUUGCUUGAUUUUGAGCUAAACGACAAGCGUUCCAUUCAGCAAAAUAAUAGUUUGUUAGAUGUGCUGGAUAAAUUCAUGUAUGAGAGUGAAACACUGAAAAAAACAGUUCGGGAACUUCAGCAAGAACAGGUGAGGGAUAAAAAUGCCAUCCUCAGUAAGGAACAGCCAACAGAAAGGCAGGACAGGGAAAAGGAGGAGCAGAGAGACAAAGGACACCAAGACAUUUUAACAAACACUGACAUAAUUCAGUCCAGCAGGAAGGAUUUAGAUGAUGAGAAUCUCUCAAUUCCCAGCGAUGACACCUUUUACGACUGCAGGACGGAUCUCUCUGACGACGACUUCGAAUCUGUUUCUAGUGAAGAGACCUUUUACGACUGCAGGACGGAUCUCUCUGACGACGACUUCGAAUCUGUUUCUAGUGAAGAGACCUUUUACGACUGCAGGACGGAUCUCUCUGACGACGACUUCGAAUCUGUUUCUAGUGAAGAGACCUUUUACGACUGCAGGACGGAUCUCUCUGACGACGACUUCGAAUCUGUUUCUAGUGAAGAGACCUUUUACGACUACAGGACGGAUCUCUCUGACGACGACUUCGAAUCUGUUUCUAGUGAAGAGACCUUUUACGACUACAGGACGGAUCUCUCUGACGACAACUUCAAAUCUGUUUCUAGUGAAGAGACCUUUUACGACUACAGGACGGAUCUCUCUGACGACGACUUCGAAUCUGUUUCUAGUGAAGAGACCUUUUACGACUGCAGGACGGAUCUCUCUGACGACGACUUCAAAUCUACUUCUAGUGACGACUCCUUGUACACCCACAGGGGGUCUCUCUCGGAUAUUGAGAGCAUCGAGAGCCUCCCUGAGAUUCCAGCUCAGACCAGAAGUACAUGUGGCUGUUUAGUGAAAGUUGUAAAGAUAACUGCUUGGUUCUUAUUUGGACAGCUUUCAAGUUAUAUCUUUUAUGAAGCUGUUGCAUGUUUGUUUGCUAUUACAAAUUCGUUCUAUUCGUAUAACAGUCUGUACGACCUGAUAGAGCGCUACUGCACCUUUGACCAAACACUUCCUAGAGCCUUUUAAACAGGACAGGUAGACCCUUUCAAUUGUGUGGGUUUUCUCCAGGUACUCUGGUUUCCUCCCACAGUUAACAAACCCCCCCAAAAAACAAGUCAUAUUUUGAAAGAAAAGGUAAGCAAACAUUUGAACAUUUUCUUAAAAAAAAAAAUCUUAAAUUGGAUUCAUUGCUGUAAUUAUUUGAUUAUUUUUUGCCCCCUUCUGUUUCAUGACUUGCUCCCUUCCUAAUUCUGUAUUAGUUAUCCUUUGUCUCCCUUGCGUGUUUAGUGAUCCAUAUCUCUCAGUUUUUGUUACUGAAUAAUUUUUCCUCCUUUUGGAUUACCCCUAUCAUGGCAAUU